GUUCAGUCACUGUUGGAUGUUCAAAGCGAACAGUCGCGUCACUUGUUGAAAAAAAAUUCUCGCGUACAGUUUUAAAUAUUUGUGUGUCAAUAAACUUUUGAAGUUACUCUGUGAGUGAGACAGUGCUAGUGAUUCUUCCUAAAGGAUAUUUACUUCUCCACCCUGGAUUUCAAUUUUGAUGAGGCGGUGUGCGUGAUGCGCGCGCCAGGUGCGGGCGGCGUGUCGUGCGCCGGCGUGCCGCGGUGGUCGCACUCGGCGCCCGCGCACCAGGCUGACUACGACAACGCGCCCGCUCACACGCACCCCGUGUUCCUGCACGAUGAUCAUAUUAAUAGCCGGUUUGCGAUAUGGCAAGGCGACAUAUCGUCCCUGGAGGUGGACGCGAUCACCAACACCACUGACGAAACCCUGACGCAAUGCAAUGCUGUCAACGAGCGCAUCCUGCAAGUGGCAGGACCUGAACUCAAGGAGGAAAUCAUUACUAGGGGAUAUGAAUGCCGCACGGGCGAGGUAGUCCUGACUCCCGGGUUCGGUCUGCGCUGCCGACACAUCAUCCACACCGUCAGCCCCAAGUACGUGGCGAAGUACCACACGGCCGCUGAUACUUCGCUGCAUAACUGUUAUAGAAACGUGUUGUGCAAAGCGAGUGAGAUCGGCGCGCGUUCCCUCGCGCUGUGCCUCAUCAGCGCGCCGCACGCGCAGUUCCCGCCCGACCUCGCCGCGCACGUCGCGCUGCGCACGAUCCGCCGCCACCUAGAGCAGCAGCGCACACCCUCGCUAGUGAUCCUGGCGUCCUCCUGCGCUCCGGACGUGGCACUGCUAUGUGCUCUGGCGCCGCUGUACUUCCCGCGGUCGGCGCGCGAGGCGGACGCGGCGCGCUGGCGCCUGCCUGACGAGCCGGCGCUGCAUGACCGCCGCAUCAGGAUUAUACAUAACCCGCACUCGCACAACUCUGAUACUGCUGAAGAUGAUACAUCAACAUACGACGAGGAGGCAGCAGUCGAGGCAGCUGCAGCGUUCGCCCGCGCAUGCGCACCUGACACGCAGCGCCUGCUCGCGCCCAACAACGCGAGGCAGCCGUACGAGAGGAGACCGCGCAUCGACAACCAUGACCAAUAUGAGCGUCUGCUCCGGCGCGCGCGCACAGAAGACUUGAGCGAGAUCUCAGGCAUCGGCUGUUUGUACCAGAGCGGUGUCGACCGCCUCGGGAGACCCGUCGUCGUCUUUAUUGGAAAGUGGUUCCCUAUUGGUGAUAUCGAUUUGGACAAGGCGCUGCUAUACCUGAUCAAGCUCUUGGACCCCAUCGUUCGCGGCGACUACGUCAUAGCCUACUUCCACACGCUCGCAUCUUCCGCCAACCACCCUCCCUUCUCCUGGCUCAAGGAGGUGUACACCGUGCUGCCUUACAAAUAUAAGAAGAACCUGAAAGCAUUCUAUAUCGUACAUCCCACAUUCUGGACUAAGAUGAUGACUUGGUGGUUCACAACGUUCAUGGCUCCGGCCAUCAAGGCGAAGGUACACAACUUGCCCGGCGUGGAGUACCUGUACUCUGUGAUGGCGCGCGAUCAGCUCGACGUGCCUGCCUUCGUUACUGAGUAUGAUAUGACGAUAAACGGUCUCCAUUACUUCCAACCGGAUACGAACAACACGUAAGACGCAGCAGACGUUCCUUAGCUAUACAUUCUGAUUGUUAUAACAUGUUCCGGGCCUGUUGCCAACCUAUCUCUGUGUUUCUAAAUAAGAGGACGCUUUCAAAUAUUGGUUAGUGUAUCUCACGCUUUACAAUGACAUGCUGGUCUCAGCAACAUUUGUAAUUUUACAAAGGUAACUGGGCAAACAGCUGUUUCAAGGUCUUAGGACAAUAUGUCGCAAUUUUUACAGUCUUAAUCUAAGCGUGCGCCGACUUCAUAAAAGUAGUUUACGAACACCAUCUAAAUCGGCGGUAAAUAAAUUUGCUUGAAUUUUAUAAUCGAUUAGUAGGAUUCCACAAAGAUGUGUUGGCAACAUUGCAAUUUAAAUUCGAGUGACCGUUUGGAAUCGGACCAAUGGACGGCGCGAUACAAAUCAUUGGUGAUUAUCAAAAUUGGUGAUUCGUCUUUUUGAUAAGGCCACUGUUAUAGUCAUUUUGUGGGUUAUUUAUUCAAUGUUCGAUAAAAACUUAUUUAAAACGAAUCUCUUGGACUAAAUUGUGCAAAUAAUAAAUAAGUCAUUCUGAUUAUUUAAUACUGUAUUGUCGAAAGAAUAUGGCGUAAGAAAAAUUGUAAUUUGAGUAAUGAUAAUUACAGAUUCCUAUCAGUGACAUAUCAGAUAACUGUUGGGUCCAGAAAUUCGAAAGAUCGUAAGACUUAGAUGUAGAAUACGCCAAGAAUAAAGGUAUACUAACUGUUGAUCAGAACAACCAUUCUAAUUAAACUAAUUGACCAAAGACCUCGCGUGUAAAUUGAACUUUAGCUAAAAUAUCAAACAUUGAAUAAACCCCACAAAAAGUUAAAAUUGUUGAGAAUAUAUCUUGUAAUCUAGUAUUAGCGGUGCAUUUUAUAUUAUUUAAUUGUAAUGAUUAAUAUAAGACAUAUUAUCGAUCGUUAGAUGUUCUUAUUAACUGUAUUUUUAUCUCUUGCAACCCCGAUAUAUCUAUACCACCUAUAAAGAAUGGUACUUAGAUUUUUUAUAUGUUAUCUGUGUAUUUAGUUGUGGAAGGUACGUGUGUGCUAUUUUUUGUAUAAUGUACUAUAUUUUCAUAUAAAAAUAAUAGAUUAAACAGACAUUUUAUUGAUGUAACCUUUCUACUUAAUAUCUAAUAUUAAAGCUUACUGUGCUCACGAGUGAUUAUUGGGUGACAAGAUUCCAUGCAGUGAAAGAUUUUGUUAUUCUUACGGAUGGUAACCCUGGUCUUGACAGAAUGAGUAAAAUAAGGAUUGGCCUAGUGAGGUAGUCGAAGGUACAGUGUUGUCCUAUUUUUCAGAUGGAAACUUCCACAUGCAGAGUAAGCUUAUCUGCUCUUACAUACUUAGUAGAUAUUAUGCCUUAUUAUCACAAUUAUUUUGACUACUGAUCGUUGUCACGCGGCCCCCAUUUCUCUGUAACUUCACUGUUCAAGCGACAGGGUAUUUGUUUAGCGAGUAGCAAAGGAAAUGUUAUUUUUAAUAAAAUAAAUAUCUUGUACCACGUAGAUUUGGUAUCACUACCGUUAUAAAGUAUAACACACCCAUUCUCUACAAUUAGAUAUUUAACAAUUAAUUUUUACAUAAAGGUGCUUGAUAAUUUUUGCAUAUUGAGAUUUUAAUUUUUUACAUAAAUAGAGUUUAAUAUAGGCUUAAUAAUGGUACAUAAUGUUAGAUAUUGUAAAUAUGUAUGCUGUUAAAGAUUUUUGCGGAAGCAGUCACUCGUCUCGCACUACUAAAAAGUAGAUUUUUAUAUAACGCUGUAUGAGAAAGUCCGUUUGUACUAGCGGGUUAGAUUUAAAAGGAAUAAUGAAUUGGCAAGAUAGUAGGGUUGUUUCAUAAAGUAUAUUUGGCCUAUAACGAGGUAUCGCACGCAACUAUUUUAUUGCUGCUUUUAAAUUCCAUUGCCUAAGUCGAAGGUGGAGUAAGAUAGAAAUUGUAGCCUAAUUGUGGCCAAUAAUAGGAUAGAGAAGGCCAAUGAGCGCUCAAUAAAUGGUAGUAUUUAGUACAAAUGACUUUCUCGAGAUGCAUGUGAGAUUAUCAGUGUUGAAGUAGUCGUGUGCAUUGUGGUUGAAACGGCUUACUACCAACUUAUUACUAGUCCCCAUGAGCUUUGUUAUUGAACAGGCAGGUUUGAAUGUACCGAUUGGUACUUAUCGCAGUAUGAACGGGUAUUUUGGCGGCAAAGUUGGUGGUAGGGCCCCUCGUAGUGUUGCCAACGUUAAAUAUAAUACACUGCCACUCGCAUGUAGCGGCAUAGCGACGCGCCUCGCGACGUGCCAUAGUGUUCACAGUGAUGUAGCCUUGAACUUUUAAAAUAUUUUUAUAAAAUAGAACAUUUUUAUAACAGGUUACUCGUUUCACGAAACCGUGGGUAGAUUUUUGGGAGUGAAGUAGGAACGUAUUCUAGUAGUGAUUUUGCCAAUUACCUCAUAAUUAUGUAUUUCUAUAUUGUUAAAAAUGCUGUUGUUGUAUAAAAAUAGGAAGAAUAUAACAUUUGUAACUUUAUAUUUAUCGAUCACGUAGUUUACUGUUUAUGGCAAGGGGAUGUUUCGUGGAACGGUUCGUUUUUCUUUGUUAGCCAAAAUAAUAAAUAAAUAGAACUACAAACAUUUACAAAACUAAUUUUGUUUUCAAAUAAUAUUGUGCCACCACAUUUGAGACAAAAUUUUAAAUGUUUCUUAAUUCCGGUAGACUAAGGUUCUUGCUGAGAGAUCUUUGUAAGCGGUACAAUUAUUUGCAAUAAACUACCCAAUGUAAUGUUAAUUUUAUAGCAAAUAAGUGUGCCGCAAUCCGCAAUAGAACUUAUGAAACGACUGAUUUGCGGGGUUUGAGGAGACAAUCUGUGUGAAUCAUUACGAGUGUUAGUGUGUGCAUGAAAUUGCAAUUUUUAAUACAGUUAUAUUUGUAAGUGAUCUUUCUGAAGAAUAUGUUAGUCUUCAAUAUUAUUCGACGAUUGUAUAAGCAAUGUAGAGCUGUGUGAUGUUUAUCGUGAAGGUGUGUGUAGGGUAGGUAGUUUGAUAAAAGUUGCGGUGAAGAGGAAUUGCUUUGUAAUGUUCCGCUAGAUGGCACUAGUGUGGUUUGAGAUUGAAACAUGCUUUGACUGAGCAAAAUAGGUUCUUUUGAAAAGGAACAAGAAACAAAACAAUUCUUCUACAUCACAAAUUGAAUCCGCGUGAAAAUAAUGAUGUUCUUUAGAGGAAAAGAACGUUAAAGUUUGAAAAGGUGUGUAACCGCUCUAUAUAAAUUGUUCUUUUUCUAUUGUUCGCACUAGAAUACCUACCUGUGAGUUAAACAAGGCCUUAGAUGUGUUAACUAUUGUUACUUUCUGUCGUAUCUUUGUGUUGCAAAGUCUAUUGCUGUUGAACAUUAAAGAAACGCGUGGUAUUCGUAACGCUAAUUAUAUAUAGGAGUUAUUCAAACAAAAUGUGAUCAAGCGAAUGUUGGUUAAGUUUCAUAUUUUAUUAAUAAAAUAGAGCAUUAAAUAGGCUAUGUAAAUAUUUAACAAAUACAAAAUAAAAUUAUUAAUUUACUAA